AUGGGCUUUAGCGAUAGGAAAGAAGUGGGUGAGGAAGUAGCAGACCAUCCAUGGGUGCCUCCAAUUGGAAAACAGAAAAGUCAGAGUGGCAGCGAAGGAGGAUUCUGUCCAGGAGCAGGAUUCACAGAUAUUACCAACGAAUACAACAACAAGCUAAUUUUUCUGCUGUUUAUUCUGCUCUUUAUUUUUAUCACUUGUGGAAAUGCAGUAGUUAUGCUAGUGAUUAUUUUUGAUUCUCACCUUCAUACACCUAUGUACAUUUUUAUUGGUACUCUGUCAGUGGUUGAGAUAUGCAUUGUCAUGACAGUCUACCCAACACUGCUCGUCCUAUUCCUAAAAGGAAAGGCAUACAUUUCUUUUGAUUAUUGUUUUUUGCAAAUGUACUCUUUCGAUGCAUUUUUAAUCACAGAGAAUUAUCUUCUGACUGUGAUGGCCUAUGAUCGAUAUGUAGCUAUUUGCAAGGCUCUUCGAUAUCAUACCAUUAUGACCUUAAAGACCUCUCCAUUGUUGACGCUUGCUUGUUCCAGUAGUAAUCUUGAUGUGUCAAUGGAUUUAUCUGUUAGUUCCUUUACCAUCAUUUUGAAUUCCAUUUUUAUUGUUUUUUUAUAUUCAAAUAUAUUGUUUGUCAUAUUGAACAUGAAAACAUCGUGGGAACGGAAAAAAGCAUUCUCUACUUGUGUGUCUCACCUAAUUAUGUCACUUGUUUUCUAUGGAAGUGUUGCCUUUAUGUACAUACAGCUUCACCAGAGUUAUUCUCCAGAGUAUGACUUGGCAUCAGCCAUCCACCACUCAGUUCUGACUCCACUCUUGAGUCCUCUUGUUUACAGCUUUCGAAACAAAGAAAUUAAGAGUUUUCUAAAGAGAUUGCUUAAGAUCAGGAGCUAA